AUGAAUACCGAUACUGGUCAUCAUUUCUCUUCCCUGAUGUUUACGCCAUUGGGACCUUCGAUAGCAGCCUUGGCUGUUGUUCUUCUUAUCUCCCUACAGGUUGUUUACUAUCGAUUUCUUCAUCCAUUAGCAAGAUAUCCUGGCCCAUUCUUUGCAUCAUUCACCAAUCUGUGGAAGGUUCGGCAGUUUUGGAGCCUACGUAUGCCCUAUACACUGCAACGACUACACGAGGAGUACGGUGAUGUGGUUCGAAUCGGACCUAAUCAAUUGUCCUUCAGUCAAGGUGAAGCAGUUCAUCGGAUCUAUAAGGCCGGACGCAAGUUGCCAAAGACUCGAUUCUAUGAUGGAUUUACUUCCUUCAACCCAAAUUUAUUCGGCACUCAGAACGAAGAGGUUCACUCCAUGCGUCGCCGACAGAUGGCCCACGCUUUCUCUCAGUCAUCAAUUAACAAGAUGGAACAGUACAUUGACCAACAUCUGAUACAAUUCCGGAAAAACCUGGAUCAUUUCUCGGAUACUGGCGAGGUAUUCGACCUAAAGGAGCUUAUUGCCUUCUUCGUUCUCGAUGUUUUGGGAGAUCUUGCCUUCCAUAGAAGCUUCGACUCGCAGCUACAUCAGGAUGCUUCCAGGCUCCCACCUAUCAACGACCAUAUCUUCUUGGCUUGUCUUUUAGGUAUGGUACCUGACAUGAUGCCUUUCCUCAAAACAGCAUUUGCUUGGACGCCGCUACCCUGGUUUCAGUCACUGCUUCGGGCAAGGAAACAGUUGAAGGACCUGACUGCAGAAUGUGUGAGGCAAAGGAUAGGUGACAAGAGCGCGGAACGGGAUGAUCUGCUUACGUGCCUGAUCAAUGCAGUCGAUCCGGACACGGGAGCUCGACUGACCGAACUUGACAUCCAGACUGAGGCAUUUGCAUUCAUCGUUGCGGGGUCUCAUACUACUUCAGGCACGCUCACCCUCUUGUUUUCCCAUAUCUUGCAGAAUACAGUCGUUCACGAACAUAUCGUUAAUGAAAUUGAUGCUCAACUUGGACAUGUUACCCAACCUAUCGUCCCUGUGGAUGAUCUGGAAAGGAAACUCCCAUACACCAUGGCAUGUCUUAACGAGAACUUCAGAAUGAACCCGGUAUUUACUAUGCCUCUGGAGCGUCAGGUUACCGCAAAAGAGGGAUUUGAAAUUAUGGGUCUCGUGGUGCCUCAUGGGACGGUCGUUUUUAGUCUAAACCAUGUUGUCCAUCACAACCCAGACAUUUGGGGCCCUGACCAUAAAACCUUUAAUCCAUCGCGCUUCCUUGGGCCUGAUGCUGAGGUUCUCAAGCGGCAUUUAAGCCCGUUUAGCAUUGGACACCGCAUGUGUAUUGGCCGUAACAUGGCCAUGACAAAUAUGCUAAAACUGAUUUCUACAACAUUUAAACACUAUCACCUGGAGAUGGUAGAUCCAAAACAAGAGAUAUCAACUAUUAGUGUAGGAAUAUCCGAGAAAGAUGGCCCUCUACUUUGCCGGGCCACAAGACGAUAA